AUGGUGCACUUAUUGGUCUCUUCCAUGUUUUCAUUUCUUUGCUUCUUGCAACCAGCUGUGUCUAUAGCAGUUCGCAAGUUCGUGUAUCAGAAGGACAUGUCAGAAUAUUGCAGACGGCGAGUGGUGCCCUCCGUGUUUCUCGGAGGACAUAUUGUAGAGGCGCACUCGCAGGUCUUGCACUUCUCCAGAAUGGAACUGCCGUACAGCUGCUUUAUAAGUAUUAGAGCAGAAUACGGCAGCAAUGUAGUGCUGGUGGUGCAAUUGCUAUCAGACGAGAGCCUCGUCAACGCCUGUGCCGAGAGCCCCAGCCAGCUGCUCGUUUAUGAAAUGGGUGAGACCUUCGGCGGGUAUUGGGGGCCGCUGCCGGACUCUCUCUUACAUAACGAACCACCCCCUACAGAAGUGUACACGAUGAGGACUACUGUGCCUCCAGCGGUUCCAACACGAAAAUUGCAAAACCAGCACUUAACAGUAGCAAAAAAUAAGUUGAAUCACCAUCAAGAAGGUUUGCAGCCAGUGACAGAAGAUGAAUCAGAUUUUGUAAGAGUUGAAGUGCCCAUAGUUAAUGUGUCUGGACGUUUGAUAUCCGAUGGAAGUCAGAUGCAGAACGAUUUCGAUAUCGAAGAUAUUUUCGAUUUAUUGUACGAUGUUACACCUAGGUCUAAGAAAAAAUAUCAGACCAGCAUUCUUCCUCUGGUCCAGUUCUCAUUGAAUAAGCAAAAGGGAGGACGUCGUGGUGAAGCCAUUCGAUACAACCUUGAGUACGACGAUGGGAGUGUCGGAUCAUUUAACUUUACGACUGACGCUAGGUAA